UUAAUUCAUCAUCCACCACCAUCUGCACCAUCAUCAACUUCAGAAAUUCCUGAUCUCUUCUUACCAAAUGAUGAUCCUCGCAAGGGCUUAAACCUAAGUGGUGAGCAAAUUGAUAUAAAUAAUGCACCACCAUUAUCAACACCAAGUGAAAAAAAAUAUCAUUUAUCUCCAAAAGAUGUCGAAGAAAUUCAAAGAUUAAGAGCUUCAGAACCUUAUACAUAUACCAAAAAAGUACUUGCUGAAAAAUUCAACGUUUCGCCAUUCACAAUCAGUUUAGUCUCCGAUGUGUCAAAGGAGAGAAAACAAGAUAUGGAUGAUAGAUUAGCUCAAAUUAAACAAGGUUGGUCAAAAGGUAAAGCACAAGCAAGAUUAGAUAGAAAGAAGAGACAACAAUAUUGGUAUAGAGAUGAAUAA